UUCAAAGGUAGAGAGUUAGGGUUGACUGAAGCCUCAACCCACACUGCAACGCGGCCACCUGUGCCGUGGAAUUUUUCAGCCGCAGAUUUGCUGUGGCCAUGCCCGCCAUGCCCUGCUGUUUUAGCUUCUUCCGGUGCCGCUUCCCGGAUGACCUCGAUGAGAGGGGAACAUUUCAGAUCUCCUUGCAGAGACGCGCAGGUCAGGCGCUGGGCAUCAUGGCAGCCUACUGCCCUGACUAUGAUGGCUUGGUGAUCGAAGGCUUGACAGAAGAGUCGGACACGGCCAUUGCCCAAUGGAACCAGGAACAUCCUGAGGCGGAACUGCUGGCAGGUCUGGCCAUUAUGGAGGUUAAUGGCCGACGCAAGGGCGAGGAGAUUAUGGCAGAGCUACGACCUGGCCGCGCUGAGACCUUGGAGAUGCGGGUGACGCAGAACCUGACGCCGGUGCAGUGGACAAUCCUGCGCGAGGCGAAGCGUAAGAAACGAUGCCUCAAGCGAGCCGAGGAGGUCGAACGGCUGCUGGAGCUCCUGGUGGUGGGCGGCGACAGGGAUGCACCGGAUGAAUGCUGCUCCAUUUGCCUCGACAAAUUGCACGGCAGUGUCAUCGUGAGACUGCCUUGUGGCCAUCACUUUCACAAGAUCUGCACAGCCAAAUGGUUCGCGUCAGGGAAACGCAAGCUGCUACCAAGCAAGAUUUUUGGUGCCAGAUGGUCCAGUGACACGAACAUCUACAGUAACAACUGGACCAUGUGGGACGCCACCCCCCGAAGAUGUGAGGUAGGUGUUUGCUAGUAUAUUUCACCAUGCU